CUGCUAUUUUCGUGGCGUCUAUUUCAACCGAGGCAUGGAUCGAGUGCCACCGGAGCUCGUCCCGCUGCUCGUCGUGUGGGCGAGCUGCCUCUACAUGCCGUUUGCUGUCGCGCUCUACGUGUACUUCAAGCACCACCCGAGUCUGCGCCACCGCAUGCCGACAGGCACGGCGAUCGCCGGCAUGUGCGCCACCAUCUUUUGCCUCGCCCAGCCGCUCUGCGUCCUCUACGGAGCAAGUAUUGACUGCAGGCUCGCACUCGUUGUCCUCCAGCUGUCGUGCGCGACGUCAGCGUUCGUGCUUGUCUGGACGGCCUUUACCGUGCUCGUUUUGUACGGCAUCACCGAGAUCAUUACGUCGCCGACCAACGUGUCGCUCGAGCGCGCGGCGCUGUGGACUUCGUUUCGCGGCAUGAUCAUCCCGACGGUCCAGAUUCCGCUGGGUAUCUGCGCGAGCAUUACGUGGAAUUUACCGCAAAUUAUUCUCUUGACGCUGCACAGCAAAGCCCUCGAGCCGCUUUCGUACGCUGAGUGCGUGCAGUUGCCGGUGUAUACAACGCAGUCGAUUGUCCAGUUUGUCCAAGCUCUCGCGCUCGUCUUGACGUUUUUGUACGUGGCGUACCAACUCCGGUCGACGCUCGACACGUUUCGGCUGCGCCGAUCGUUCACGCGCACGAGUCUCUACAUGCUGCUCCUCGGAUUCCUCGCGCUCAUCGACGUGCUUCUCGAGACGCUUGUGUCACUCGAGGCCUACCAUGUUCCUGAGCUCCUCUGGGCGCUUGCGCUGCAAGGCGUCGUCACCCUAAACGUUCUACUUCCGCUCAUCGGUGCGUACCGCGGCCGCCACCAAGUCCAGCGCAUUCGAGGUAGCGUCUCGCUACAAGCCAAUCUGGACACAUACAUGCAGAUCGACGAGUACUUUGAGAGCUUUCUCGACUUCUGCGUCGAGGUCCACGACAAUAUCGGCGUCGCAGUGCUUCAGGCGUGGCGCGCCUGCGUUGCCUUUCACCAUGAUGCGUCGCCGUACUCCGUCAUCGAAUUCUACCAACUCUUCAUCGCGACCGGUGGCGCGAGCUCGAUUCACGCUGUCCUCGACGACGAGAUGCGGCGCAUGUACGCCAAGCGCGUGCAACACCUGAAGAAGAAGACGCUUUUGACGCCCCGCACGAUCAAGGUCGUGCCUUUGGCUUUUAGCGGCGACAUUCAUUUUUACCAGCCACUGCGCCACGAGCUCGUCAACAAGCUCGUCGCGCACCAGCUGCGCGGCUACGAAAAUCACGAGCUCGGGAAGAACUGGCUUGCCUUCCAUACGCGCCGCCGGUCGAUCCAUAGCCUCGAGUACGUCCAGCGCGUCGCAACACGGUCCAUCUUGGACGUGGACGCUGGUCUCUCGGAGAAGAGCUUAGAUCGGCAGCUCGAGCCAACACCGUCAAUGCUGCUCUCGUCUCAAGUCGCGUCGAGCUCCAACCUCGAGACCCCGAGCAGUUUUCGACGAAAAAACCUGCUCAAGGUCAUGUCCGAUGCGUCGUUUCACGCAAAGUGCGGUGGUCGAGCCUUUGACGAUCUUAUGGGUCAUGGGAAUUCCAAGAGUGUCGCUGCCUUGGCCCCGCGAGCACCCGAUCGGGCCGCAAGUGCCAAGCUCCUGCCGCCUCGCUAAGAUACAAUUCAAUUCUGCAUCGAGGGCCGUUGGGAACUGUUGAAGCACCCAGCGGUGUCUUGGUUCGCGAUGACGCGACGCAUGAUGAUGGC